GGAGGCCCCGCGGAGCAGAGCUGGCUGCGGCGCGCUCGCCGCCCCCACCCUUCUUCCUCCGUCCGGUGGCCGCGCCCCCGCCGCUCGCUCGCCGCCCCCGAGACAAAGAGCCCGGAAAGUUCGCGCGGCGAGUGGGUCAGGUGAAGAGGGCGCGCCGCGGAGGCCCGCCGAGCCCCCGGCCCGGCGCCCGGGGCCGAGCGCGCAGCCCGCGCCCGCCCGCCCGCAGCCGCCCGCAGCCGGCGCCGAGGAGCGCCCGGCCCCAGGCGCCGCCCGACCGCCGAGCCCCCGGCCCGCCAUGGGCGCCGCGGCCCGCAGCCUGCGGCUGGCGCUCGGCCUCCUGCUGCUGGGGACGCUGCUUCGCCCGGCCGACGCCUGCAGCUGCUCCCCGGUGCACCCGCAACAGGCGUUUUGCAAUGCAGAUGUAGUGAUCAGGGCCAAGGCAGUCAGCGAGAAGGAGGUGGACUCCGGGAGUGACGUUUACGGCAACCCCAUCAAGAGGAUUCAGUACGAGAUCAAGCAGAUAAAGAUGUUCAAAGGGCCCGAGAAAGACAUAGAGUUCAUCUACACGGCCCCCUCCUCGGCAGUGUGUGGGGUCUCGCUGGACGUCGGCGGGAAGAAGGAGUAUCUCAUCGCAGGAAAAGCCGAGGGGGACGGCAAGAUGCACAUCACCCUCUGUGACUUCAUCGUGCCCUGGGACACCCUGAGCAGCACCCAGAAGAAGAGCCUGAACCACAGGUACCAGAUGGGCUGCGAGUGCAAGAUCACACGCUGCCCCAUGAUCCCCUGCUACAUCUCCUCCCCGGACGAGUGCCUCUGGAUGGACUGGGUCACGGAGAAGAACAUCAACGGGCACCAGGCCAAGUUCUUCGCCUGCAUCAAGAGAAGCGACGGCUCCUGUGCGUGGUACCGCGGGGCGGCGCCCCCCAAGCAGGAGUUUCUUGACAUCGAGGACCCGUAAGCAGGCGACAGCAUCCCUGUGGCCGACUGAAAAGCCUCCAAGGGUUUAGACUGGUCCAGCUCUGACAUCCCUUCCUGGAAACAGCAUGAAUAAAACAGUCAUCCACGCGGGUCCACAUUAGUAUGAUUCCACCCCCACCCCAUUUUCCUUUUAGACACAGUUGUGGGUCUGGAGGGAGAGGCGGGCCCGCCCCCCCCCCCCACUCCCUCUGCAGCCUGGCACUAUGUCCCAGGACUAUGUCCUGGUCUCUGGUGCUGAGGUGCAGGCGGGGGCAGGACACACGGACUCCCUCCCGGGCCCUGCCUGGGCACCGCCGCGGAUGCUGUGCAGGCCUGGUUAGGGCCGAGCCAGGAAACGUGCAUUUUGCAGAAAUGUUUGAGGGGUUGUUGCGAGACUGUGUAGCAGGCCUACCAGGUCCCUUUCACCUGAGGGGGCAUGUCCCUCGUUUCUGCAGCUGCCACACCUCUGGUCCCAGGUAGCAUUCCUGCCCCCUUGCAAGUGCCCCCAUCUCCCCUGUGCCCACCAGGGACUCCCGGCACCUGUGACUCCCCCAAGUCCAGGAGUAGCCCCAGAACCAGUGGCCUGUUCUUGAAGGAACCCCACUUAAUCUUGUUCACCCACAGAGCCCAGUGGGAGCCUCCCUUCGAGCCGAGGAGAGAUGUGGGAGCCAGAGGCCUCACUGAGCCAUGUUUCAGUUUCAGCCACCUCCUGUGGGUCCCCCCCAAAUGCCCCGACCCAGGGGGGUCUGUGAGACCCUGUCCUGAGGGCAGGCACCUGGGGGCUGAGAGGCUGCCCUUACAGCUCCCUCCUAAGCUUCCGAGUGCUCCUGCUUCCUCCCCUGCUGGCAUCAGGUGUCUGGAUGGGGUCGCACGGCUUGGCUUUGCCCGGGGCUGUGCAGGGCCGGUGGCGGGGGCUGGCUGUGCUCCCUGCUCACCUCCUGAAGACAGAAAAAGCUGGGUCUCACUGUGCCCCGACAGGGUUAGCACAAUCAGCCACCGUUCUAUGCAUGGAUUUCUGCAGGUGACGUUAGCCAAGCAUAUUAAGAAGUCCGACCUAGGAAGGGAAGAAUUUUGGAGGUAGGUAGCUCUGGUGACACCUCACUUCUUUCUGAGCCUCCAGGGCACUACAGCCCGUGUUAAGAGACAUCUCAUUUCUCUAAAGGUGAAUUCUCAGAUAACACGUGACCUGAGUUGCAGGUAUACCAACUUCUGCUUGUAUUCCUUAUCUUACAAAGAUCACCCGGUUAAGAAACUUCUUAGGGAACCUAUGUGUUCUCUAAGGAUGGUUUUCUGAUGCCAGUAAAGUGGGAGUUAAGAUAGGCACAACUUCCUCAAUAAUGCUAAAGAUAAUCUCUUUUUUCCUCCUACCAGUGUUAUAAAGGUAAACUGUUCUGAGGACACACGUGCACAUUAUGCUAACAUGCACACACAGGGGCACCCACACACGUGCACACGGGCGCACACACAGUGAAACUGAAGUCGGGCAGCCUGUGAGUGGUCCUUCUGCAAAAUGCUUCCCAAUCUUCUCAGCCUCCUCUAUUCUGCAGCGACCCCAAAGCAACUGUAAGACUCCUGACCCCCGGGUGGCAUGUCGCCCCCGUGCCCGCACGGGACCCGGUCAGCACAGAUCUCGAUGACUUCCCUUUCCGGGGCGGGCUGGGGACCACCCAGGCAUCAGCUCCUGCCCCAAGGGCGUUUCAUGCUGUGUAGUAGUAAGAAGUUGGUGAGAUGUCAUAAUGGACCAGUCGUGUGAUUUCAGUAUAUACAACACCAGACCCUCCAAUCACUAUGACACCCCACCCCCGUUCGCUUCCUGUAUGGUGAUAUCAUAUGUAACACUUACUCCUGUUUCUGCUGAUUUUUAAGAUGUUUUGGUUUGUUUCUGACAUCCGCUGUAAUCAUCCCUGUGCUGUGUUUUAUUACCCUUGGCAGGCGUUAGACUUGCACUUUUUAAAAAAAGGUUUCUGCGUCGUGGAAGCGUUUGGCCCAGAGCGGAAGGGGCGGCGUGCUCGCCAGCCUGUGACGGUGGAUUCCUUCAGAGCUUUUCUGCAGUUUUUGGAGUAGCUUUGCCUUUUUCCCCACCUCCCACCUUUGGUUUUCUGGUUCAAAUUAUUACAAAGUAAAGGAUCUUUGAGUAGGGUUCUAAAAGAUGGUCUUUAUAUUUGAUCCACGCACAUUGGUCUUCUAACCAUGCUGAGCAGAAAAAAAACAAACAACAGAUCAAGAUGAAGUGCCUGGUGGCAGCUGAGAGACGGAGCCACUCAGAUGCCUUCACGGUAAAGGACUGCAAUAUAGAUACAGUCUGAGCAGGACCACGCGGCGCCGUUUAAUUUAUGUUAUAUUCUAAGCGCUGCUUCCUCCCUCUGUUCUUUUCAUCCUGCAAGCAACUCAAAAUAUUUAAAAUAAAGUUUACAUUGUAGCUAUUUUCAAAUCUUUGCUUGAUAAGUAUUAAGAAAUAUCGGACUUGCUGCCAUAAUUUAAAGCUUUGUUGAUUUUGUUUGUUUUUGUUUGGAUUUGGGGGGGCGGGGGGAGCAAUGUGUUUAUGCUGGAGUGUGAAGUCUGAGACCUUCCCGUGCUGGGAACACAUUGAGAGUUGUUGGAAGUCGACAAGCAGACUGCGCAUGUCCCUGACGCUUUGUAUCAUUCCUGAGUGAUCACUCGGUCCACGGACAAUAAACAGUAUUAUCAAAGAGAA